GGCAACAGGCAUCGGGCCCCCAGGCGGAGCGACAGGUCUCGGGCCCCCAGGCGGAGCAGCGGGCGCCGGACCCCCAGGCGGAGCGACAGGUCUCGGGCCCCCAGGCGGAGCGGCGGGCGCCGAACCCCCAGGCGGAGCGACAGGCACCGGGUCACCAGGCACGACAGUGGGCUGCGAGUCAACUGGCAUGACCUCUGGCACUGGGUAAGACAAUGGAUCGUCUGGCUGGACAGCGGGCACCGCGUCAUCUGGCAAGGCAGUGGGCUCCGAGUCAACUGGUAUGACCGCGGGCACUGGGUCAGACAUUGGAUCGUCUGGCUGGACAGCGGGCAUCGGGUCACCAGGCAUCAGGUCAUUUGGCUCAACAGCGGGCACCGCGUCAUCUGGCAAGACAGUGGGCACCAAGUCACCAGGCAUGACAGUGGGCUCUGACUCAAUUGGCAUGACAGCGGGCACCGGGUCAUCAGGUACCGGAUUGUCUGGCUCGACAGCGGGCAUCGGGUCACCAGGCAUCAGGUCAUUUGGCUUGCCAGCGGGCACCGCGUCAUCUGGCAAGACAGUGGGCACCGAGUCACCAGGUA